GCGGCCGCCGGCCCCCGGGCUGGGUACAUUGUCGCGCGGCCGCUUCCCCCCGGGCCGGGCCCCCCGCCGUCCCGCGGUCCCCUGAGCGCCAGGCCCCCGGGGGGGGGAGGGUGGGAGGGAGGGAGCAGGGCUGGUAGGCGCCAGUGGCGCGCGGCGGGACCCACGGAGCCCCGCGACCCGCCGAGCCUGGAGCCGGGCCGGGGCGGGGAAGCCGGCUCCAGCCCGGAGCAAACUUCGCCGCCGGGCGGGGGGUGGCGGGGACCCCGUCCGGAGUCGGAGGAGGGGGCGGCCGCGGGCCCUCCCGCCUCUGCUCCCGCGUCUCCCGGCACCAUGCUGUCCAACUCUCAAGGCCAGACCCCACCGGUGCUGUUUCCCAACCCGCCGCCGCCGCCGCCGCCGCAGCCCCCCGCCCCGGCCCAGCCUCACCCCCCUACCCAGCCGCCGCCGCAGCCCCCGCAGCAGUUUCCCCAGUUCCACGUCAAGUCGAGCCUGCAGAUCAAGAAGAACGCCAUCAUCGACGACUACAAGGUCACCACCCAGGUCCUCGGACUGGGUAUCAACGGGAAAGUUUUGCAGAUCCUCAACAAGAGGACCCAGGAGAAAUUCGCCCUAAAAAUGCUUCAGGACUGCCCCAAGGCCCGCCGGGAGGUUGAGCUGCACUGGAGGGCUUCCCAGUGCCCACACAUCGUGCGGAUCGUCGAUGUCUACGAGAACCUGUACGCGGGGAGGAAGUGCCUGCUCAUUGUCAUGGAAUGUCUGGAUGGCGGAGAGCUCUUUAGCCGAAUCCAGGACCGAGGAGACCAAGCGUUCACAGAAAGAGAAGCGUCAGAAAUCAUGAAGAGCAUCGGUGAGGCCAUCCAGUAUCUGCACUCAAUCAACAUUGCCCAUCGGGAUGUCAAGCCUGAGAAUCUCCUAUACACCUCCAAAAGGCCCAAUGCCAUUCUGAAACUCACCGAUUUUGGCUUUGCCAAGGAAACCACCAGCCACAAUUCUUUGACCACUCCUUGUUAUACGCCGUACUAUGUGGCUCCGGAAGUGCUGGGUCCAGAGAAGUAUGACAAGUCCUGUGACAUGUGGUCCUUGGGUGUCAUCAUGUACAUCCUGCUGUGUGGGUAUCCCCCCUUCUACUCCAACCAUGGUCUUGCCAUCUCUCCGGGCAUGAAGACUCGCAUCCGAAUGGGCCAGUAUGAAUUUCCCAACCCAGAAUGGUCCGAAGUGUCAGAGGAAGUGAAGAUGCUUAUCCGGAACCUGCUGAAAACAGAGCCCACGCAGAGGAUGACCAUCACGGAGUUUAUGAACCACCCCUGGAUCAUGCAAUCCACAAAGGUCCCUCAGACCCCACUGCACACCAGCCGGGUCCUGAAGGAGGACAAGGAGCGGUGGGAGGAUGUCAAGGAGGAGAUGACCAGUGCCUUGGCCACAAUGCGCGUCGACUACGAGCAGAUCAAGAUAAAAAAGAUUGAAGAUGCAUCCAAUCCUCUCCUUCUGAAGAGGCGGAAGAAAGCUCGGGCCCUGGAGGCCGCGGCCCUCGCUCACUGAGCCUCUGAGCCCAUCCCACUGCACGGCAGGGCAAGCAAUAACUCUCGACCUGGAUAUAUUUUUUAAACGAAGAGACACAGAACUGUCCCGUUUCCGCCUCCCCUCCUCCUCGGCGGCAUGGAGUCCGGAGCCCCAUCAGAGGCUGAAUCCUGCCUUUGGUUCCAAACGAACGGCCACCUCAGAGACAGGGAGGCCGGGAGGUUAGGGGUGGCGUGGAGAGAGAAGGGAGCAAGAUGCUCUUGAACCCGUGCUCCUUUUGCCAUUCUGUCAGUAAUUUGACUUAGAGUUUUUAUGAAACUUCUUUUAUUGUUCCUUGCCCCACUCUGCCCUCCUGUUCCCCAAACCCCUUCCUCUGGAUGUGCAAGGGUUUGGGGUUUGUUAAAGGGUAUUUGUGGAAACUGUUCUAGGGAGUGUUGCUGUGUGGUCCCACUGCCCUCUCCUUCCCCACUACAGCCUGAGGUCCCUGCUGGCCGAGGCAUUCUGGGAGCUCGAAGCCAUGCAGGGCCGGGGCUGGGAUGCCACCCACCUCCGCUGGAGCCCUCAGACGUGUGCCAGACGCACAGAGGCGAGUGUGAGUAUGAGAGUGUGUGUGUGUGUGUGUGUGUGUGUGCGCGCGCGCAUGUGUAUGUGUGCCCGGAUCUGUGUCUGGGACUGCAUUUGAGGGGCCGGGGGCAGGCAGGGCUGCAGAGGGAGGGGCCCUGCUGUGGCUCAAGAGCCUUCACCCUCCCUGGGCCUGCCGUGCCCAUGUCGGGUCUGCCAAAGUGCCUGAGAAGCCUAUCCAGAUUCUGGGCCAGGCCCUCCGUGGCCUGCCCGUUAGCCGGUUCUGGGAGGCAGAGAGGAGUGACUUAGGCACUGGCACAACAAUCAGGAAGACUGGACCACCCCCCGUCCUCACCCCCUGCUCCCUAGUUAGGGCUGGUCCUUGUCCUCUGAGGCGCUUAGCUUCCAAGUGGCCUCUCCACUUCUCCUUCCUGCCAUUCUUAACCCACUCUUGUUUAGUUUUCCGACAUUUUUAGCCACUUCUUAACAGGCCUCCCCUCUGCCCGCGUGGGUGAGCCUGGGCAGUCUAGAAGUGAUACACAGCUUCUGCAUUCUGCUGUCUCUCUCCUGGGCUCUGGAGGCAUUGGCGAGCCACCCCAUGCGGGCAAAGGCAACACCACUCAAGUGCUGUUGUGUGUUUUGGGGGGGGGGGGAUCCUUCACACCAAAGAUGUCCCGGCUCUGCCCCCGCCCCCGUCCCCACUGGCCACUUUCCCUACCCCAAACAGCUCAGCUUCACGUAUCCAGGCCAGUGAGGGGAGGGUGGGGAGGGCCCUCCCCCAGUGUUAAUGAGCAACCUGGGGAGACGUCCUCUGUGCCAUGGUCUUCGGGGCUGUAAUCCUUCAGCUUUCGUCUCCCUCAGGGGCAAGGUGGUGGAGGAGCCCCCCGGCUCUUCUCUGGGCACAGGGGAAGGCCCUUCUCGGAGGGCCUGCAGCGCCUCCCUGUCUCUGAUGGUGUGUCCAGCACUCAGAUUGUUGUAAACUAUUGAUGUUUUGUAUGAGCGAAACUGUCUUUACUAAACAGAUUUAAUAGUU